UUAUCAGUGCGUAAAAACUGUGCCGAGCUAUACAAAUCUGGUCGAAUAACCAGCGGUGUUUACAGAAUCAAACCGGAUGGUAUUGGAUCUGACUUUAAAGUGUUUUGUGAUCAAAAAACUACUGGCGGGGGAUGGACAGUGGUCCAAAAGAGGCUGGAUGGCUCUGUUCUUUUCGAUCGCGACUGGUCUAACUACAAGCUUGGCUUUGGUAAUCUUGAUGGCGAGUUUUGGCUCGGACUGGAAAAAAUACACCGCUUGACAAAAUCCCCCAGCAAGCUUCGAGUCGAUCUGGAAGAUUUUGACGGCAAAACUUCUUACGCUGAAUACGACUUAAUUGUGGUAGCGACUGAAAGUAAGAAGUACCAGUUGAGCGUUGGGAAAUAUUCAGGAAGAGCUGGCGACUCCCUUACUCAACAUCACGGCUAUCCCUUUUCAACCAAGGAUCGGGACCAUGACAGCCAUAGCAGUAACUGUGCUGAGAAAUAUAAAGGAGGCUGGUGGCAUUUUGACUGUUAUUACUCAAACCUGAAUGGUGUCUAUCAGACACAGACCAGUGGAUUUUUACAGCAUAAAUAA